UCUCACGAGAUAAUGAAAGAAAAAGAGGAGAGCUGCUAGUGGAGAAAAAAACGAGGCUAGACCCGGAGAUUUUUUGGAGUGGAAAACAAAGACCGAGAAACGGGACCGAGCAGAGCGGGAGAGAGCUCGGUGUGCAGCCGCAGAUGGUUUUUGCACUCUGCUUUUGGUGAAUGUAGCACCCCGGGGCGCAGCGGAGCAAUUGUGUGGAUCUGCAGGGCUGCUCGGCGACACAAUCGGAGACAUGCACAGGACGGACAACAGCCGCGGACGCGCUCUGAGAAGUGGAUCAUAAAGGCACAAAGCGAGGCUUCUGCCGAGGAACACAGCUGAGCACCAAAGACACCAGAGAGCUGCUGAUGCACAAGAGAGAAUAAAAUCUCAGUAAAAGCUCCUGAUGCUUCUGCAAACUGCUUCUCUGGGAGUUUGAGGGAGUUUGAAGACAGUACUUAACGUUAUCAGAUAAUUAAUUAGACACCCCAUAAGCCCGGAAAUCAAUUAAUUCACAAAUCAAUAAAUCCAUAGUCUGGUGUAACAAGAGAGCUGCAGACUGUUGGCCCCGCUGCUCAACAACAAUAACAAGAGACGAGCAACAACACACAGGGGCCACAAACACACGCUUAUUUGUUGAAAGUGAAGAUGGAUGGGAGUCUCGGGGAGAUGUCCCUCCACAGCCACGCUGAUCUGGCUCACAGUCAGGACGGCAGGGCCAUGCUGCACACGCGGGACCUUUCAGCUGCUUUCCCCAGGCCCUCCCUCGGGGGCCCCUCCAUGUCUCUGGAGCCCGAGCCCCGUCCGCCGGGCUUCGACCACUCCAUGUCGGCACUGGGAUACAGCGGCGACUCCCCGUCCAGCACCGGCAGCACCUACACCACCCUGACCCCCCUGCAGCCCUUUGAUGACAAGUUCCACCACCACCACCAUCACCACCCCUGCCUCCCCGUCAGCAACGUCAUCGGCAGCUUCACCCUCAUGCGUGAGGACCGAGGCCUCGGCACCAACUUCUACAACCCCUACGGCAAGGACCUGGCCAUGUCCCAGAGCCUGUCGCCCCCCUCCUCGGGCUCAGGCCUGGCCUCCUCCAUGCACGGCUACGGCAGCUUGGGCAACAGCCCCAAUGGCAACGCUGGUCAGAUGCUCCACGCCGGCUACGACGUCCACGGGGGGAGCCUCUUCUGCCGGACGUCGGAUUUUGGCCGCGAGAUGUCGCCACCGGGCCUGGGAGGAGGCGACGUGUCGGUGGGGCAUCAGCUGAACAAAAUGGAGGCUCACCAGCACGCCCCGGGCCACCACCCUCACAUCUACAGCCAGCACUACCAGCCCCACCACCACCCGAGCCAGCAGGCCUCCAAGAUGGGCGAGCACCUGCACUCCUCAUCGUCCACCUCGUCCUUGCCCGGCGAGGGCAUGCUGCCGGGCGCGCAGGGCAGCGGAGGCGGCGGGGAGGAGAUCAACACCAGGGACGUGGCCCAGAGGAUCAUCACCGAGCUGAAGAGGUACAGCAUCCCCCAGGCCAUCUUCGCCGAGAGGGUUCUGUGUAGGUCACAGGGCACGCUGUCUGACCUCCUGAGGAACCCCAAGCCCUGGGGCAAGCUCAAGUCCGGCCGUGAGACCUUUAAGAGGAUGUCCCGCUGGCUGCAGGAGCCCGAGUUUCAAAGAAUGGCCUCGCUCCGGCUGGAGGCCUGCAAGCGGAAGGAGCAGGAGCAGAGCAAGCUGGAGCGCAACCAGGGCCCGAAGCGCACCAGGCUGGUGUUCACAGACCUGCAGCGGCGUACGCUCAUGGCCAUCUUCAGGGAGAACCACCGCCCGACCAAAGAGCUGCAGGUCACCAUCUCCCAGCAGCUGGGCCUGGAGCUCUCCACUGUCAGCAACUUCUUCAUGAACGCCCGCCGACGCAACGUCAACAAGUGGGCAGACGAGGGCCGUCCCUCCUCCACGGGUUCCUCGGGCUCCAGCGUUUCCUCCUCCGCAGUGUCCUGCAGCACGGCGUGAUG